AUGCAGAAAAUUUUCAUUAUACUUGCUUCUCUUCUUACAUUUAUUGUUGCACAAACUAAGGAAUCUUCAAAAUCUGGUACGAAAGGUUCACAAGAUAGUGAAGAUGAUGAUGACUCUAAUGAUAAAAAAGACAGUAAAAAAAGUAAUAAAUCAAAAAAGAAAGAUGGUAAGAAAAGUAAUGGAUGUGUAUCCUCUAUAUCGAUGUUUACAGUUUGUGCUGCUUGCUUAGUAACUGCCCUAUUGAAAUAA